GCGCCUUCUCCUUGCUUGUGGGGUCGUGGCCUUGCUCCCGCUGCGGGAGGAGAGGCUGCCGGCGUCUCCACGCGCGUGAGUGCGCCUGGAGCCUGAAGCCCUCGUGGGUCCGCGCUAGGUCUCUGCGGGGGCAGAAGCAGGAGCCAUGGGCGGGACCGCCAGCACCCGCCGGGUCACCUUCGAGGCGGACGAGAAUGAGAACAUCACCGUGGUGAAGGGCAUCCGGCUUUCGGAAAAUGUCAUUGAUCGAAUGAAGGAAUCCUCUCCAUCUGGUUCGAAGUCUCAACGGUAUUCUGGUGUUUAUGGUGCCUCAGUGUCUGAUGAAGAAUUGAAGAAAAGAGUAGCUGAGGAGCUGGCAUUGGAGCAAGCCAAGAAAGAAUCUGAAAAUCAGAAACGAACUGUAGACCAGUUCUCAAGCAUUGAAGAUCUGGGCAAAGGCCAUGUGUACAUACUAAAGCAAGGCAAAGAGCUGGAGCGAGAGAGGGCUGCUGCUAACGAGCAGUUAACCAGAGCUAUCCUUCGAGAGAGGAUAUCAAGUGAGGAGGAACGCUCUAAGGCAAAGCACCUGGAUAUUGAAGACAAAGCUAAGCAGCUGGAAGAGAAAGAUCGAGUGAUAAAGAAGCAGGAUGCAUUCUACAAAGAGCAGCUGGCUAGACUGGAGGAGAGGAGUGCAGAGUUCUACAAAGUAACCACUGAGCAAUAUCAGAAAGCUGCUGAAGAAGUGGAAGCAAAGUUCAAGCGGUAUGAGUCUCAUCCAGUCUGUGCUGAUCUGCAGGCCAAGAUCCUCCAGUGCUACCGCCAGAACACCCACCAGACCCUCAGCUGCUCUGCUCUGGCCAGCCAGUACAUGCAGUGUGUCAACCAGGCCAAACAGAGCAUGCUUGAGAAAGGAGGUUAAAAUCAACUUUUAAAACACACAAAACUCCUUCAACGUUAAUUCCAGAGGUGGAACAUUUUUUUUCCUAGUAAGAAAAUAACUCAUUUAAAGAGAAGAUCAUUAUUAAAGAGAAGUACUGGAAAACGGAUUCAACGGAAUCAUUUCAAGUUUUGAUCAGCUGCAGUUUGAAAAGUCAAGGCCUAGAUCGUUCAUCAAAGAACAUCGUUCAAUAUUACUGAACCCCACUUGCAAUGAUUAAAAGACAGGGGCAGCCCUUUCCACCUUUUUGUACUUUCUGUUCAACUUCUACUGACCAUAAAAUGUUUCUCUUCUAACCAAGCUCCAUCAUUUGGUGAACCUCCACUCUAACAAAGUGGGGUGGGGGUUGAGGGGCUGAGUGAAUUGAGUGGAGAAAGGAGAGAGGGGGGAAAAAAAAGCAUUGAUUCUGGGGCAACAGUGCUGGAUGGAAUUGUCUGGGCUGUGGCAUGUUGGUUUUCUUUCUUUUUCUUUUCUACUUUGAUUACAUAAGAGCUAUUUCAUUUUAACUUAUUAUGGUGAUCAUGCAAGUAAGAAGGCCAAAAGGAGAGAAAAAUGUACCUCUCACUGGAAUAAUGUUUAUGAUUACAGGUGAAAUAAGGCAUUUUUAUCAAUAUAAAGGCAACCUUGGCUUAUACAGCCUCUAUCGUGAAUAUUGACGUCUUUACUUCACUGUCAACAAUAAAUAUAUUUUCUGACACAGA